GCGCGGCGAGGCAGGGGCGCGCGGGGCGGGGGCGCGCGGCGGCCGCAGCGGCCUGUGGCGCCGUCACCCGGCAGACUCCGGAGGGUCGAGCACGGUGCCGGUGCCGCUGCCGCUGGCCAGGCGCGCGGGGACGUUUCGCGGGCUGCGCCGGUGGCGGCCCGCCUUCCCGGGGGUCCAGUUAUCAUGUCGCUGAGGCAGCGCCUGGCCCAACUGGCUGGCCGUCUGCAGGACCCGCAGAAAGUGGCCCGUUUCCAGCGGCUGUGCGGGGUGGAAGCACCGCCGCGACGCUCAGCGGACCCGAGGGAGGAUGAGAAGGCGGAGGCGCCCCUCGCCGGAGACCCUUGUCUGCGAGGGCGGCAGCCAGGGGCGCCCGGAGGCCCCCAGCCACCCGGGAGCGACCGCAAUCAGUGCCCGGCCAAGCCGGACGGCGGCGGCGCCCCCAACGGAGUGCGGAACGGGCUGGCGGCCGAGCUGGGCCCGGCCUCGCCGCGGCGCGCUGGCGCCUUGCGCCGCAACUCGCUGACCGGCGAGGAGGGCCAGCUGGCCCGCGUGAGCAACUGGCCUCUCUACUACCUGUUCUGCUUCGGCGCGGAGCUGGGCAACGAACUCUUCUACAUCCUGUUCUUCCCCUUCUGGAUCUGGAACCUGGACCCCCUGGUGGGCCGGAGGCUCGUGGUCAUCUGGGUGCUGGUCAUGUACCUGGGCCAGUGCACCAAGGACAUCAUACGCUGGCCGCGGCCCGCCUCGCCGCCGGUGGUCAAGUUGGAGGUCUUCUACAACUCCGAGUACAGCAUGCCCUCCACCCAUGCCAUGUCCGGCACCGCCAUCCCCAUUUCUAUGGUCCUUCUCACCUAUGGCCGCUGGCAGUAUCCUCUUAUAUAUGGACUGAUUCUUAUUCCCUGCUGGUGUUUUCUAGUUUGCCUAAGUAGAAUUUACAUGGGAAUGCACUCCAUUCUGGAUAUUAUUGCUGGAUUCCUAUAUACCAUUUUAAUCUUAGCUGUCUUCUAUCCAUUUGUGGACCUGAUUGACAACUUCAACCAAACUCACAAAUAUGCUCCAUUAAUCAUCAUCGGGCUUCAUUUAGCUUUGGGGAUCUUUUCUUUCACUCUUGACACCUGGAGCACAUCCAGAGGAGACACGGCAGAGAUUCUAGGAAGUGGUGCUGGAAUUGCAUGUGGAUCUCAUGUUACUUAUAAGAUGGGUCUAGUGUUAGAUCCUUCUCUAGAUACAUUACCUUUAGCUGGUUCCCCCAUUACUAUGACUCUCUUUGGGAAAGCCAUAUUGCGGAUCCUCAUAGGGAUGGUAUUUGUGCUGGUAGUCAGAGAUAUAAUGAAAAAGAUCACCAUUCCUUUAGCCUGCAAAAUCUCCAAUAUACCGUGUGAUGAUAUUCGAAAAGCAAGACAGCACAUGGAAGUUGAACUUCCUUAUCGGUAUAUUACCUAUGGAAUGGUUGGUUUCUCCAUCACAUUUUUUGUUCCUUACAUAUUUUUCUUUAUUGGUAUCUCUUGAUGGAGAAAUAUUGUUUGUGAAAAGAAAGGAGGGUAUCAGUUACUGAUACCUAAAAAUAUAUUUCAAGUAAAAGCCAGAUCAGAUUUAGGCUUUUGCAGGAAUUUAACUUAAAUAAUUAUUUAAGUAAAUUCAUAAGAGUCAGUGCAUUUUAUCAUUGCACAUCCAGAUAUUGUUUUAGGUGAGCUGAGCUAUUUCAAUACUGAGAAAAUGAUAAGUAUCCAUUUAGAAUGUUAAUGUAAUGUUUGGAGAGUUUUGUGUUGUUAUGGAUUCAACUUAUAUAUAAUAUAUAUAAGGUACAUAAUAUGCAAUUAUAUAUCUGAUAUAUAUUAUAUAUAAAAUAAUAUACCUAAGUGUUUUUUUAAACUAUGGGAGUGUAUUAUAAAAUCAAUAAUAAUAUGCAAACAGUUGUGCCUGUGUAUUUGAACUAAAUACAGGUAUGUUGUUAUUAACAUACAUUUAACAUUUAUUUACUAUGGGAGCCAUUUCCUAAUUGAAUUGCAUAAUUACUAGACCAGAAAGCGUAUGCUACUAUACAUUGAUUUACUGCCUGUUUUUACACUGCCAUUACCUUUCAUGUUACCCAUGAUGUUGAACAUGGGAGACAUUUUUAAUGGACCAAAUUUUUAGGAAAAUUAUUUUUUGGAUUGUUUAGUUUUUUUAAGUUCUGUAUACUGUUUUGAAUGUACUUUAUUUGCAACUGUUCUGGACAUCAGUUUAUUAAUUCAGGUACUGAAUUUUAUUUCUUGCUAAUUGUGCCUUUCUGUUGCUGAAUUAAGAAAUGCUAUGUAUACUGUGAUGUAAAAAUAAGACAUUAAUUUUAUCUUAAGUUACAUAUAAUCAGGCAAGUAUUUUUAAAAAUAUAUGUCAAGGUGACAGGCAUAGAAGUAAAUUGCCCUUACUCUUUAGCCUUUAUUUAGAAAGAAAUGUGGAAUGGUCUAAACUUUCUCACCAAUUUAUUAGAAAGCUAAAUGGAUAAAUACUUCCCUUUUUGUAGGUAUUUUUCUGUGCAUUGUAAGUUAUAGGAACAAGAUAUAUUUUUUGUACAUUGUCUUGAUUGUUUAUACUGCAGGUAGAUACUUCCAGUGAAUAGAAAUGUAGUUGAAAUUUAUAGAUGGGACAAUGCACAUACUUCAUAUGAAAACAGAGCAUUUUUCUAAAUAAUUUGGAAAGGAUUGGAUUUAGCACUGUUAACUUUUAAUACCCAUUUAUUAGCUACUUAAGGUAAAUUAUAAAACCUAAAAUUAAUGUCAGUAUUUUGGAUCCUAUUUUUUUUUCAACUUUUUAUUUUCACAGUGGAAAGUUUGCAUAUAGUAUUAAACUAUUAUUUUUUCUGUCUGUGCCUUUCUAUUUUGAAGUGUGGUUGUACUUACAUUAACAUUAAAUGUAUUUGUAGAAAGUUUUUCAUAAAGAAGAGGAUUAACUUUCCAUGUAAAUGAAUACCAGGUAUGAAAUUACUGAUUUUAGUGCAAUAUCUAUGUAAUUAUUCAGAACUAUCACUUCAGAUGUUUCUAUUUUGGGCACCAUAACUAUUUGAGCUCAUAUUUUUGUAAUUCUGAUUGAGAAUUUAGGGGCAUCGUAAUUUUUACCAAAACUGAAGCUGAUAAUUUUAAGUAAAGCAACUAAAUUUACCCUUUACUUAUUAGUUAAAAGGAAACCAAGGCAGGUAGGAAAAAAACGGUACAUUGGAAAAUGUGAAAAGAGCUUUACUUUCAAAAUGUGUUUUUAAUGAAUUGAAGUUUAGGGACUGUUUCCCGUAAUUUGGGUCUGUGCUAUCCUAUUAAUUUUUAUAUGUAGCUUAAAAGAUAUUUGAAAAUGUUCCAUUUCUUUGUGUUUUAUUAUUUUCUGUCCCAUGACAGUUCUAUGCUAAAUGCAUUUUAAAAUAAAAGCUAAAUUGAAGAUU